AUGAGUUCAAUUAUACAGCCCCUAGAUGGACCUUCAACGUAUAAAGAUACGCGUUCGAGUAUUGACCCGGAGAAGCAGAGGGAUAUGCUUGAUAGGUCAACGACGCUGUAUUGCGGGAAUCUAUCAUUCUACACGACAGAGGAACAGAUAUAUGAGUUGUUCGGCAGAGUGGCUAGUGGACAGGGUAUAAAGAGAAUAAUAAUGGGAUUAGAUAGGAAUACUAAAACGCCCUGUGGAUUUGCGUUUGUUGAAUAUUAUACGCAUCAAGAGGCAGUUGAAGCUUUAAGGUAUAUAAACGGUACAAAACUCGAUGAGAGAAUGAUUAGGUGUGAUUUAGAUGCACAAGGUUAUAGAGAUGGUCGUCAAUUUGGACGUGGUCGAUCCGGUGGUCAAGUCCGAGAUGAAUACCGACAGGAGUAUGAUAGCGGCCGAGGCGGCUGGGGACAUUUGAAAGCGGCCGUACCUGCUGGAGAUAACGGGGAUGUGAGCUUUGCAGCCAACACAGCCAACGCAGUCAACCCUAAGAAGAGAACGGCCGUUGAUUAA